UUAGCCAUGGGCACUGUGUUUUGGAUCUGCUGGUUCUUUCUACUCUCCAUGUCAAAGAAUGUGCGGACAGAGCGUAAUUUUCGCAUUGUCCUCGAUGAGAUUAUCGUGUCGUCGUGUGACCCAGACUUUAUCGAAACGUUCGAGUUUCAAAUCUCCCAGAUCAACAAUCGGAGCUACGUUGACUCUCAGAUGGUGUUGAAGCGUACCGUAGACUCGGUGGGUGCCCAUGCCACAUUGGAUUUUGCGAAGGAGAAAAGUAAGAAAAUGAGACUAUACGAUGUUCAAGUGGACGCCUGUCUCUUCCUUGGAGAUCGUCACAGAAAUCGCUUGUUUAGCAUGUACGCAAAGGGUCUCAAAAAGCAUUCGAACCUUAGCUGUCCCUUUAAAGCGAACUUUAACUAUACGAUGGACAAAAUGUAUGUGGAUGAAGAGGAAUUUCCCACAUUCGUGCCGUUUGGUUCAUUCCGAUCUGUGGUUGAGUACUUGCACAACGACGGAAUCGGUGCGCGUACCGUAACGCGUGGAAGAUUUAUUCCAAGAACGUAAUAGACCGUGGACAAAUAAAGUGAAAACUGAUCAACAGCAUG